AUGGGCGACCCGCUCAAGGUAGUGCGCGUGACAGCCUCCGACGGUAAAUCCGGCGAGCCGAGGGAGCUGGCCUACACAAAUUGCAAGGUCAUCGGAAACGGAUCCUUUGGUGUCGUGUUCCAGGCCCGCGUCGUGUCAGGAGGAAAUGGCAACUUGGUAGAGGGCGCAGGAGCUAGUCAGGAUCAGGGAGCUGCCGCUGGUGCUUCCAAGGACAGCCAGGAGGACGUGGCCAUCAAGAAGGUAUUGCAGGACAAGAGAUUCAAGAAUCGUGAGCUGCAAAUUAUGCGCAUCGUAAAGCACCCCAAUGUAGUAGACCUCAGAGCAUUCUUCUACUCCAACGGAGACAAGAAGGAUGAAGUGUUCCUCAACCUGGUGCUGGAGUUCGUGCCAGAGACCGUGUACAGGUCAUCUCGUCACUACGCCAAGCUGAAGCAAACUAUGCCCAUGCUGCUGAUCAAGCUGUACAUGUACCAGCUCCUACGCUCCCUCGCCUACAUCCACUCGAUUGGUAUCUGCCACCGAGACAUCAAGCCCCAGAAUCUGCUACUCAACCCUGCGACCGGCAUCCUGAAGCUGUGCGACUUUGGCUCUGCCAAGAUCCUCGUGGCUGGAGAGCCGAAUGUGUCGUACAUCUGCUCGAGAUACUACCGAGCCCCAGAGCUCAUCUUUGGUGCCACAAACUACACGACGAACAUUGACAUCUGGUCGACAGGAUGUGUGAUGGCCGAGCUGAUGCAAGGACAACCGCUGUUCCCCGGAGAGUCAGGUAUCGAUCAACUUGUAGAAAUCAUCAAGGUCCUCGGUACCCCUUCGAGAGAACAGAUCAAGACGAUGAACCCCAAUUACAUGGAGCACAAGUUCCCGCAAAUCAGGCCGCACCCCUUCUCCAAGGUCUUCCGUCCCCGCACACCCAAUGAUGCCAUCGAUCUGAUCUCGCAUCUGCUGGAGUACACACCCAGCGCCAGGCUGACGGCCAUUGAGGCCAUGACGCACCCCUUCUUCGACGAGCUGCGCACAGGAGACAGGAAGAUGCCCAAUGGCAGGGACAUGCCUGAGCUCUUCAACUUUACCAGGGAAGAGUUGAGCAUCCGACCGGAUCUGAACGCCCGGCUGGUGCCAGAAGACGCAAAGGAAGGACUGCUGGCGCGAGGGAUCGACAUCAACAACUUUGAGCCGGUCAGCCUGGAGAGCAUGAAGGUCUCGCUGGAUUGA